AUGCCUAUUAAACCUGAUAAAAGACAUGAACGAUACGCAUAUAACUCCAUGGUUGUUGCACCGGAGCGAAAAAUAGAAGGAUUGGUUCAUCUCCUACCGCUGCAUUUUUUCCAUAAAUGUGUCAGAUAUAAAAAACAGAUCUGAGGUAGAAACUACAGUUCGAAUCUUACUGUUCAGUGUUUUAACUAUGGAGUUAUGGAUUCACAUAGCAUUGUUUAUCUUCAUUCAGAAUUUCGUACAACCAAUCAAAGUUGACGAUUCAAAUUCCCAAUUCCUAAUCGUUGAAAACCCUGUGGAUAGAUAUCCGAAAGAUGAACUGGUACCCAGCAGAGAGCAGAAUAAUAUUCAUUACUACUCAUUCUCUUCUAAUAAAUCCAAUCCUAGAAUCAAAUCCAAGAAAAAGUUUUCCACUAGUAAUCCAAAUACUAAAGGCAUCAAUUUGUUAGGACUGAAGAAUAUAGAGGAGAAGGUUAAACAGGGUGGAACAUUAUUGUCUCCCUCAGUUAAGACAACUCCCACUCUUGCUCAAUUCCCAGUAUAUAGCUCGCAAUCAAAUAAACAAAACGUACCGUCUUUCAGCAAUCAGCCAAUUUUCAGGUCAACUGAGCAGGAUCGUCCAUCAACAGCACAUUCUUCAAAGAAACAUACUCACGUAAAGUUACCAACCUUCCAAAAACAGAAUUCUAUAUAUUCUGAUCAUACAGCCAAUAGUCAGAAAUCUUCAAAUAUAGAGAAUACAAUCAGCAGACCAAAAACUUCAGAUUUUCAUCAUCCAGAGAAAGCCGUAUACGAAUAUUUCUCUCAAGAUCUGGGAGAUCUCAUAGAAAAUGCCAAACAAUUGGAACACCCUCAAGUCGGUAGAUCUAGGAAGCACCGCAAUAGUGAAGAUAGCAUAGGCCAAACAAGCGAUAAUUAUGAAGUAGAGGAGUAUCCAGAUCACCAACCGUACUUGGAACACGAUGGAGAAUACCACGUUUACCAUGGUGAAAAGAAGAAAAAGAAAGAGGUCCACUACCAUCAACACAAGCAUCUCCACGAGCACGAUCACAAUCAAAAACAUAAUCACAACCACCAAGGCGAGCAUCAUCAUGAUCACAGACAUGAUCAAAAACAAAAGCACACUCAUUUGCAUGGUCACGACGAUAACCACUGGCAUGAUCACCAUGAAAAAGGACAGCAUCAUCACAAAUCACAUCACAAUCAUGAUCACCAUGGUUCCCACGACCAUAAGCAUUCUGAGGAUCACGAUCACAAGCACGAUAAUGAACAUCAUCAUGGACAUGAAGAUCACCACGAUCACCAUGAAGAUCACAAGAACUGGCAUAGUCACAAGCAUCACAGCGAUCAUGAUCAUCGUCAUGGUCAUGAUCAUAAGCAUAAUGCGAAACAUGGACAUGAUCAUCACCAUAGUAAUAAACAUAAGCAUAAUCAUCAGCACAAGCAUGCAGGAAAGCAUUGAUAGUUUAAGAGUUUUAAAAUUUUUUACCUAUUUUUUGUUGAAAUGAUUUUAUUAUUAUAUUUACAACAAUUUACACAAUGUUCUUGUGUUAUUUUUUUUUACAAUGAAUUAGAGAUAUAAAAAUUAUUCAAUUUCAAUUAAAAAAAUGACUUAUCGUCAGAUAUUGAAUGACUAAUUUAUUAGAUGGAAAUUAAAUCUUGAAUCUUGAAAAUCCAUAAAAUUAUAAAACAAAGCAAUUUCCAUAAAUAUUAUUUUAUUUUAUUUAUAACGAACUUCCACCAAGUAAAGACCGAAUACAUCAAAUAUGAAAUCUCCAAAAUAUAAA